AGCUCAAUUUUUCCAGGUGGAAUAUUAGAGGAAGCUAUGGACAUACCGGUCCAGCACAAGAAGCUUGCACUUGAUAUUAAGGGAAAUAAAACAGAUAUAGUCAUCUGUGCCUAUGAUGACCAUUUUCUGGUUAUAGCUACUCAAAUAGGAAGUAUGGGUACAAUUCUGCAUGCCAGGAAGGAGGAAGGGGUGUUGAUCCACCCAACCUUUAGUGUUUCUGUGUUACUGGGUAAACGCGAUGAGCCCAUGCUAGUUGCAUGUGCUCGGCAGAUUAUUGAACACAUAAGUAGCACAGGUUCUUCUAGGUCUUUGGUCUUGUCUCUUGGUCUACGAGACCACUCUCUGCCCACCUUGAAAGGCAUUGUUUCGGCUGUGACUGAGAACUGCCUUUGGUGACCUGGACUGUCAAUUUUGGAUUCCUCAUAUUUUACGGACUUGUAGUAGCCAAAGAGAGAAACUUAAUGAUUAUCUGAGGCUGUGAAGUGCUUAUGCUUAUUCAUCAUUGAUGUAUUAUUGUUCUAUUAUAGCAAGACCUGUAGGCUCUAAAAGUUGAGAGAAAUUAUUGAUUUGCAUUGGUUGAUAGAAAAUUAGGAACAAGUGUGUUUAUAUAGGCGCCCUCAUGGAAAGAAGGGGCUUUUCGUUGUGGACUAUACAAAAGCAUUUCUUGUUCACCUGAGAACCUGUGUAAUCAUCGUAAUGUUUUGGACCCAAGGAACUUGCCCUCUUUCCCUUG